AUGGCCUUCUUCUUCAACCGCGGUCGAUCCCGUCAACCAUCUGAUCUUGUUCGGUCAAUUAAAGACACUUUGAUGCGACUUCGGGAAGACCCCGGGACUGCCAAGGAUGUGGAAAAGCCGCUCGCACAAAUGAAGUUGAUCGUCCAAGGCACUCAAGAUAUUGAGGUGUCUCCUGACCAGGUUCAAAAUCUGGUCCACGCAACUCUCCAGGAAGACCUGCUUUAUGAACUAGCUCGCAGUCUUCAUCUCCUUCCAUUCGAAGCUCGAAAGGACACCCAGGCCAUCUUUUCACACAUGCUUCGUUUUCGGCCCGCCAGUGCUAGCUCAAACCACAGCGACCCUCCGGUCAUCUCUUACAUAGUCCACAACCGACCCGAGGUCAUCGUUGAACUGUGCAAGGGUUAUGAGCAUGGCGAAAGCGCAAUGCCGUGCGGCAUCAUCCUGCGAGAAGCCUUGAAGUUUGAUGUCAUUGCGGCCAUCAUUCUGUACGACCAAUCGGGCGAUGGAGAGCCGGCAAUCAAACUUACGGAAGUUCAGCCUGGGGUCCUCCAAGAUGGGACUGGAAUCUUCUGGCGUUUCUUCUACUGGAUCGACCGAGGCAGCUUUGAGCUGAGUGCCGAUUCUUUCACAACCUUCCGGGCUCAGGACAUCCUGACCCGGCACAAGAGCCUAGUGACAGGGUACCUGUCUAACAACUUUGAUCGCUUCUUUGCGAAAUUCAAUGAGGUUCUUGUCGAUUCCAGUUCGUAUGUGACGAAGCGACAGAGCAUCAAGCUGCUCGGCGAGAUUCUGCUCGAUCGCGCCAAUUACAAUGUCAUGAUGCAGUAUGUAGAGAGCGGUGAGAACCUCAAGCUGUGCAUGAAGCUGCUGCGAGAUGAUCGCAAGAUGGUCCAAUACGAGGGAUUCCACGUGUUCAAGGUGUUUGUUGCCAACCCCAACAAAUCAGUGGCGGUUCAGCGAAUUCUUAUCAACAACCGCGAUCGCCUGUUGAGAUUCCUACCUCGCUUUCUAGAGGAUCGAACUGAAGAUGACCAGUUUACGGAUGAGAAAAGCUUUCUUGUUCGUCAAAUCGAACUUCUCCCCAAUGAGCCGGUUGAACCAGCACGCUCUCGUGAGCCGUCCAAAUCCGGCAUCAAAGCCGCUGCUGUGGCUUGAAGCUAGACGGGGCGCGUGUCCUCUACCACUUCUUCAUUUGCUGUGGAUAUUUUUUUUUGGCCCUUGCCGUUUUUUGUGUGUAUCCUUCCUUCUUUUGUGAACUAUUUGAGCUUGGUGCGAAGGGCUACAUGCAUUGAAUGUGUGUUAUGUCAGUGCCGAAUUUGCAUGAAGGUCAGCGGGCAUCUGACCUUGGCGGAGUUACAACGGAUGGGUCAAUUUAUGGGAAGACUAUGUCGAUAUGAC